CUUUCUGCCACUGCUUUCAAGUGUUUUGCAGCACUGCACGAAACAGUUACAAUAAGAAGACGAGCUGCUGCAAAAUUUUCGGCAGUUUUUCGCGCGCGCGUUCUUUAAAUUUUGUGGCAUGCGACUCGGACGUCUCCUACAUAAAUUACCUAGAUAAAUUCACAAUGCGACUGUGGCGUAAACGCCAAUUGAUGAUCCUCACCGUCUGCUUCCUCUGGCUGUGGAGCGUGGCUCUCAUCUAUUGGUAUGUUGUCAACCGCGAGAAGGACGACAUCCGAGAUGGUGUGCCGCUGCUGCUCUGGUGGACGAACGAUGUGACCUGGCCGUACAACGAGUUGCGUCGCUGCGGAGCGCGGACAUGUCAUGUUACGAACAAUCACAAAAAACUGAAGGAAGCGAGGGGCAUUCUCUUCUAUGGCUCCAACUUGAAAACCUUUGACUAUCCACUGCCACGGCAACGAAAUCACCAAUGGGGUCUGCUGCACGAGGAGUCGCCACGGAAUGUGCCAUUUGUGCCCUACACUGAAUUCCUGCAGCAUUUCAAUUAUACGUCCACAUUCAGCAGACACAGCAAUUUACCUCUGACCACACAGUAUCUGCCCUAUGCCAGCGAUUUGAGUUCGAUGGAUUUCUUUCGCUCCUUCGAGGAUAAGCAGGUGCUGCAGUUUAAUGAUCAAAUCGGCUCGGUGGUUUUUCUGCAAACCGAUUGCAAUACGAUGUCCGGGCGAGAGGAUUACGUGCAGGAGCUAAUGCAGUACAUACAGGUGGACUCAUACGGCGGAUGUCUACACAAUCGGGAUUUGCCUGCCAGCCUACAAAAUGACUAUUUAAACAAUCUAUAUUCGGAUGAAUUGAUGCGCUUCCUGUCACCGUAUAAAUUCAUGAUUGCCAUUGAGAAUGGCGUCUGCGAGGAUUACAUUACGGAGAAAUAUUGGCGUCCACUCAUUGCUGGCAUUAUACCCAUUUACUUUGGUUCGCCCAGCAUACGCGACUGGGAGCCGCACCUCAACUCCGCGGUGUAUGUGAGUGAUUUCGCCAAUGCCUCCGCGCUGGCUGCCCAUUUGCACUUUUUGGCUGAGAACGCAACGGCCUACGAUACGUAUCGCAGCCACAAGCUGAAUCGCGCUAACCCCAUUGCUAAUUCGAUGCUUUUGCAGCAUCUGCUAACGCGCCGCUAUCACGCUGAGCCGCAGAAAGCGGAGCUAUCGCUGUUUCAUAAGUUCGAGUGCCUUAUGUGCGAGUAUGCCAGCUCCACGCUGCAGUCGCAGUCGGCCAAUGAGAAGCAUUACAGCUGUCCACUGCCUCCGGCCUAUGCGCCACUGCAGCAACAAAAGAAGCCCAAAUACGCCAGCGAUUGGCGCUCCAUGAUGAAUGUGGGCCGCUGUCAGGCCCAGCUGCUGGACAAAUUCAUUCGAGCAAAUCGCAGCUUCACAUCAGCGGACUUUCAAAAGGAACUCAAGCGAAUGGUGCAACAAGAAUUGUGCGAUUAGAAAAGACAAACAACGCAAACAAAGAACUCAACUGCCUUAUUUGGUAAACUUAUAAGCAAUAUGUACUGCUCGGUAGUUAGUCUACAUGUGUAACUGAUCCGCAUUUAAUGCAAGCUAUAUAUAAAUAUGUGACGACUUUAA